AUCCUUCAAUCUAGUAGUCUAAGGGGUUCAUUUCGUCUAAUUUGUCUACUAUUUUUAAGAUUCUGUAAUAUUUUCAUAAGUAUAUUCUUCUUUCAUGUGCAAAAAUGUUUUGUGCGGGAUUGUUGCAACGUAGGUUAAGCCUAUGUUUACCACAAUCGUUCGGUUUCAAUCCGAUAAAGCACUUUUGUGAAGAAAAAAAGGCCCCAAAUGUUUUUCUUUGGGGCGGUGGCCUAGGCAAGCUGCAGGGCGGUCUGAAGGAGGAGGAGUAUUUUAUUUCGCUCACCCAAAGCCUGAUGUGCAAAAUGCAAUCAAAGAAGGACGAAGUCGACUAUUUGCCCAAUUGGGACGAAUUCCAGAAGACUCUAGACCACUCAUCUAUUGCCAACUCAUCUUGCAUGAAUAAGCACAAGAAUGUACUAGAGGAGGCGUUCUUCCUCAAUGAGAGCGCUGAUAACUUGAAAAUAUUACACGACCGUGCCCAAGGCGAAGCACAAGACGUCUUGAACAACGCUGCCGCUGAUGUUAUGGAACAUCUUAAACCCGAUUCGCACACCGUAAAAUAGUUAAUUGUUCCUUUAUGUUAGUUAUGCGUUCAUUUUUCGGAGCAAAUAGGCCUUGACGUUACGAAAGCCCUUGUCCAAUAAAAUUGUUAGUUUCAGGUUUGAAAAAAAUGAGUUUAGAAAUACUUCGACAAUAUAAUAAAAAUUAUGCGUUUGGAAUUUGAAAAA